AGGUUGAACACGACACAGAGGCUCUGGUUUUAAUAUGCAGAAGCGAAGAGGAAGGACAGGGAGAGUCAGAAGGCAAAGGCGAAGUUCCGACGCAAGAGGAGUGAACGAGAGCUACAGACCUGAAUUUAUAGAGCUGAGAAAAUGGCUGAAAGAUAGAAAGUUUGAAGACACAGGCUUAGUACCCGCCUGCUUUCCAGGAACAGGAAGAGGGCUGAUGAGCAAAACGUCACUGCAGGAGGGACAGAUGAUUAUCUCAUUGCCUGCGAGCUGUCUGCUCACCACGGACACUGUGAUUCGAAGCUCCUUAGGGCCCUACAUUAAGAAGUGGAAGCCUCCUCCAUCUCCUCUGCUGGCCCUGUGCGCAUUUCUAAUCUCAGAGAAGCAUGCAGGCGGUCAGUCCCUCUGGAAGUCCUACCUGGACAUUUUACCCAAGUCGUACACCUGCCCGGUCUGCUUGGAGCCGGAAGUGGUAGAUCUUCUGCCUGAACUUUUAAAGGCGAAGGCGGAAGAGCAGAGAGCCCACGUGCAGGACUUGUUUGCCUCCUCCAGAGCCUUCUUCUCCACCCUGCAGCCUUUGUUUGUAGAGUCUGUGGAGAACAUUUUCAGCUACAGCGCCUUCCUGUGGGCCUGGUGCACCGUGAACACCAGAGCUGUGUACCUGAGGUCCAGGAGGCAGGAAUGCCUUUCCGCAGAGCCAGACACGUGUGCUCUUGCUCCGUACCUGGAUCUGCUGAAUCACAGCCCACACGUCCAGGUAAAAGCAGCGUUCAACGAGAAAACCGGCUGCUAUGAGAUUAGAACGGCCUCCGGCUGCAGGAAGCACCAGGAAGUGUUCAUCUGCUACGGCCCCCAUGAUAACCAGCGGCUGCUCCUGGAGUACGGCUUCGUCUCCUUCUGCAAUCCUCACGCCUGUGUUCCUGUCCCAGGAGAGAUGCUGGUUAAGUACCUCCCACCAGCGGAUAAGCAGGUGCACAAGAAGGUGUCCAUUCUGAAGGAUCAUGGUUUUACAGAAAAUUUGACAUUCGGAUGGGAUGGACCGUCUUGGAGGUUACUCACAGCUCUUAAGUUGUUGUGUCUGGAAGCUGAGAAAUUUACAUCCUGGAAAAAAGUACUCCUUGGAGAAGUCAUCUCAGAUACAAAUGAGAAGACAAGCUUGGACAUGGCACAGAGAGUAUGCUCUGACUUCAUCGAAGAGACUCAUGCUGUGCUGCGUAAGGUUUCUGACAUGAAGGAGAGGGAAGUGUUGCUGAUAAAUCAACUCACUUUGGUGGAAGCAUUGCGGAUGGAAGAGCUGAGGAUUCUCCAGGCUUCCGCUGAGAUUGUGAGCAGUUUACAAGCCUCCUUUUUGUGACAGCACAGGACACAUGGGAUUCCCUCCUGUGGAGGGUGUACUUUCUGCAUUUUUACUGAGGUUGGAAUAAAUAGACUUGUAUAUGAAA